AUGACAAGAUACACCGACGUCGGGCGCAAACGAACGUAUUUGCAAGCUGGCCUUAAUCACAAAGAACGCCGGGUUGACCUUACCGUCCAAGAGAUCCGGGCCAAUGCGAAUCAACACAAUGCGAUUGAGAUGGAGAUAAAGCAAGAUGAGGAUGGGCUGUAUCCUCAGAAGCGAAGGAAAAGCAAGGAAGACACCGCGACGGAUGGUGAAAUUUCGCUUCCAGGAGAAUCCGUCGAGUUGACGGCCGGCCCCCGUAAUGAACGGGAACAAACAGGAAGCGGAAAAAGCAGAAGUGCAUCUAGUAGCGGAAGCAAAAAUACUAAGAAAGAUGCCAACGACAAGCGCACGUUGAAGUUGAAGAAUUAUAAGGAGGUGGCUUCGGCGGCAUUAUUCCUGGGAACGGGCCUCGAUGCAGGCGCAGACGAGGAUGAUUUCCAUCUGUUCAAGCGUCGAAAUGCCGAAGUAGACCGAACGGAAAAGACGGAGGAGCGUCUGAAAAGGAAGGCUAACAUCAGGGUCGGUGCGCACACUGGGAUCAUUAGGUCGUUCCCGAAACGGUCGGCAACACCCUCCAUGAAGGUUGUAAAAUUUUAG